GCGUCUGCAUCGUUAAUCGACUUCUGAUUAGUAACGUUGAUUGUUUUCCUUGGUUAUUUCUUUAUUGUGUUCUGUUUUAUCAGUGACUCUUGAAAGACAUUCUCUUUGACGCUCAUUCCGGCUUCAACAGCGAGUCUACCAUUUGUGCAAGGUCCGUCUAAGGUCGCCAAAGCUUUUCAAGUUUAGCUUCAAGUCAGAGGUGGUGCCCACGUGUUCGUUGCAGUGCUUGUCUACAGAAAGGCUCAAAGAACGAAUACGGAUCAGCCCUCUUCAUCGGAGUCAAGUCCUGCACAUCUCACCUUUGCGCCAUACUUGGUCCCUAGUAGAUCUUCGAGGAGAAAACAAAGUCUUGUUAUGGCAGCGCCAACAGCAAACCGUGCUCCAGCGUCUUCAAAUAACUCUGAUGCUGAUGUCCCCCACAGCCGUGUACCUGCAUCAACAUUUGGACAAACUGACAAUUGCCUGACCGCUACAAAAAACGACCUGGAACCUAGUCAGUCAUUCGGACAAGCCACAAAUGAUUCCGGAGGAGCAGUAUCAAGCAAUGAGACACCUGUCGACCGUCACGUGUUCAAGAUGCCCAUGGAAACACGGGAGUGGCUGCGUCUUCGCAAAAUGAAGCUCAACAAAAGUAAAAACAAGAGGCAGCCCGAGAAGAUCAAGUUCUGGAAGCUCAACGGUUUGAGUCGAGUGUGCAAGAUAGACUACAAAAAGAUCGUCAAAGACCGCACUUUUGUGUCACUCAGAAAAACAAGUAAAACUCGCACGCCGACCCAAGGAGAUUUGGAUCGCAUCCUGAACUUUAUCAAAAAGUCUUUUGAACUUGGCAGAAAACUGUUGUGAUGUCACAGAAACAGAAAAGUUUUAGGAAACGACGGUCUUUCAAAAUGGACCUCACAUUUUGUACAAUCUAUCUUUGCAUCCAUGUUGGAGGGUGAAUGUGGUGUUCAGGUGCUUACUUGCCCUCUUACCUUAGCACGCGGAAUCUGUAUUGAACACUGUUGUGGAUGCAUAGUAUUUGACAAUCAUAGAAGGGCAUUGUGCUCAUGCUCUCUGGUUUUGUUUGCUGAUCUACAAACU